CUUUCUGCUUCCUGAGUGUUCACUUCACGCCUCUUACUCGAUUAGCUACGCUUGGAAAUCUACGGAUUAUUUGCCCUUCAUUCAACUAAAGAGUAAAACAAACAACUAAUUACCCAUUCGCAGGAAUUAAAGACGCAGAAGGCGCAGUUUGUGGUGAUUUUCUCCAGAUAAGUGAAAUGGCAGGAGCCAGUAUUUCAGUGGAUCAGAAUCGGCUCACUUGUCCAGUGUGUCUGGAUCUACUGAACGAUCCGGUGACGAUUCCCUGUGGACACAGUUACUGUAUGAGCUGCAUCACAAACAGCUGGAAUCAGAGGGAAAUCUACAGAUGUCCAUUAUGCAAUCAUACUUUCAAUCCAAGACCAGUUUUACAUAAGAAUGUGGUGUUUGCUGAGCUGGUGGAGGAACUAAAGAAGACGAGUCUCCAAGCUGCUACUCCUGCUGCUGAUCCUCCUGCAGUUGAUCCCACUGGAUCUGAAGAUGUUCCGUGCGACUCCUGCACUGGAAAUAAACAGAAAGCAGUGAAGUCGUGUCUGGAGUGCCAAAGCUCUUACUGUCAAAAUCACCUUCAACAACAUGAGAGCCUCUUCGGAGGUAAAGGACACAAUCUGAUGGAUGCCACUGAACAACUGCGGGAGAUGAUCUGCCCUAAACAUGGUAAAAUGUUGGAAAUUUACUGCCGUACUGACCAGCAGUGUGUCUGUAUGCUGUGUUUGGUGGAUGAACACAAAAAUCAUGACACUGUAUCAACUGCAGAAGCAAGAACAGAGAAACAGAGGCAUUUUGAGGAAACACUGAUAGAAACACAGAUGAUAAUCCAGCAGAGACAGAAAGAGCUGAGAGAGGCUGUGGAGUCUCAUAAGCGCUCUGCACAGACCGCAGUGGAGGACAGUGAGAGGACCUUCACAGAGCUCAUCUCCUCCAUUGAGAGACGUCGCUCUGAGGUGACACAGCUGAUCAGAGAUCAGGAACGAUUUGCAGUGAGUCGAGCUGAAGAACGACUGGAGGGACUGGAGCAGAAGAUCGAUGAUUUGAGGAGGAGAGAUGCUGAGAUGAAGCAGCUUUCACAGCGAAGGGAUCAUGUUCAUUUCCUCCAGGGUUUGCCGUCUCUCUAUCACCCUGUAUCUACAGACGGCUUCGGUAUCAGUUCUCAUCUGUCUUUUGACAACAUAGUGAGAUCAUUCUCACAACUCACAGACAAACUGCAGCAGUUCUCCAGAGAGACUAUAGAAAAUACUAACAGAAUAGUGGAAUCCAUCCAUGUCAUUGGAGCUCCUGAAUAUCAGACCAGAGAGGAAUUCCUACAAUAUUCCCGUCUGUUGACUCUGGAUCUGAACUCAGUGAAUAGUUGGCUCCGUCCGUUUGAGGAGAACACAGUGAUCGCUUGCUCUGAGACAAGUCUGCCGUAUCCCGAUCAUCCAGACAGAUUUGAUUAUUGGUGUCAAGCAUUCUGUGUCGAGAGUUUGACUGGACGCUGUUACUGGGAGGUGGAGUGGGCUGGUAAUGGGACAUUAGGAGUGGUUAUAGGAGUGGCGUAUAAGAGCAUCAGCAGGAAGGGAGAUGGUCCUGAGAGUGUAGCUGGGUUUAAUGAUCAGUCCUGGAGUUUAUACUGCACUCCCACUUUCUGCUCAUUCUGUCACAAUAACAUAGAGACUGUCCUUCCUGUAGUGUCCAGAAGAAUAGGAGUGUAUGUAGAUCACAGCGCAGGGAUUUUGUCCUUCUACAGUGUUUCACACACAAUGAGCCUCAUCCACAGAGUCCAGACCACAUUCACUCAGCCGCUCUACGCUGUGUUUGGAUUAGAUAGACAGGCAGCGAUGAAACUGUGUUGUCUAACCAAUUAAAUCGUGUAGAAUUAAUUUGUCAUAUCCACUAGUGAACCCUUUGAGAAUCUAUACUUCUGCAUUGAAUCCUUAUCAAAUGUGUUCUUAUCUUAAUUAGGGCCCGAGCACCGAUGGUGUGACGACCCUAUUGGAAUUGCACGGUCAAUUCUUCUUCUCCGAAAUGAAUCGCAUUUUUGAGGGCCUAAACAUACUCGAAAACUCAUGAAACUUUGCACACGCGUCAGAAGGGGUGAAAAUUUACAUCUGAUAUGGGUUUCAGAAUUAGGUGUUGCAAAAUGGCUCGAUAGCGCCACCUACAAAAUUUCAAUUCGCGCUACAUUUCACGUACAGGUAUGAAAUUCGGUAGACCACAUCAUAUACGGUCUGUCUAAUCUUAAGGCCUUAGCGAUGUUAAAUUGAGAAGAUCUUGAGUUUUCGCUGAAGACAAAGUUUUCGCCUGACAAAAUUCAAAAUUCGAUGUUUCGCCAUGAAACAGGAAGUUGUUGUAACUCAGGCAUACAGUGUCCGAUCUGCUCCAAACUUCACAUGUUUGAUAAUAGUCCUGGUCUGAAGACAUCAACAUGGCAAUAUUCAGUUACAGUCAAAGCACCACCUGUUGGCAGCAGGAAGUGUGGCACUUUGAAAUGACUUUGCCAUAAUUCGCCUGUAUUUUCUCGCUUACAUGCAUGUCGCCCACUGUUCACUGUUUUCCUAAGGCCAACGGGUGGCGGUGAGCCCGGGUGCGAGGGCCCUUUCAUCGCUGCUUGCAGCUUUAAUUUAUAUUAAAAUUGUAGACAAACACAAUCAGAAUAAACUAAUAACACAAAGUAUUGUACAUUCACAGUAGGGGUGGGGGAAAAAAAUCGAUUCACAUAUGAAUCACGAUUAUUUCUUCCGCUGAUUUAAAUCAAUUUACAAUUUUUGAAAAUCGAUGAUUUAAAUCAGGGGUGUCCAAGCUCGGUCCUGGAGGGCCACUGUCCUGCAGAGUUUAGCUCCAACUUGCCUCAACAUACCUGCCUGAAAGUUUCUAGUAUUCCUAAUUAGCCCUUGAUUAGCUGCUUCAGGUGUGUUUAAUUGGGGUUGGAGCUAAACUCUGCAUGACAGGACCGAGUUUAGACACUCCUGUUCUAAAUGUUUAUUAAUGACGUGAUGUCAGGUCAAAGAAGGCGAAAGUCACCCGCAAGUAGGGCAGCAUUAGAGGGGUGCAGAGGCUUGCAAUGGAGGAAGCAUUAUGACUGAAGCUUACUUGCCAUGAAAACAGUUCCUAUAUCAAUAAAUUGAUGAAUAGAUAAUAGCCUUAAGUAAUGUUUAGUUACAAGCUUUUCUUGCAAUCUUUCUGUGUACAGGUACUUCUACUACUUCUGCAAUAAUAUAAAACUCUCCUGAUAUUAGAGUACAGUUACAGAAGAAUAAAAUAAAGCAUAUUUCGGUA